ACACCGUUUCUAAGCAAAGAUAUCUGUUGUGAGAGGCAGCCAGGCGUGCAUAACAACGUGCAGCAAUGGAUAUUAAAAUUACAGUGUUACUCGUCACCAUCCUUUGCCUUGCUAAGGUGGUGUAUGGUAGCUACCUACUCGAGAUUGGUGCUCGUAAGUAUCGAAACUACCAGCAUAAAGAGAGCUCUGGUCAAUGCUGUGAAUCUUACAGAACCAGAAACUGUAAUCCGUGGUGGUGUGCACACUGUCACUGUGACAACCGGUUCAGAUUUUGCCUCCGAUAUUCAGGGACUCAUCACAAUGGAGACACGGGGAACUGCCCACUGGGGAGCUAUUUCACUUGGACGGUGGGGGGUGAUAGUUUCACUUUCCGUAAUUGGAUUUCUCAUCGCCGUGGUAUACCCAAUCCCAUGACGUUCGCUGGAGCAGUGUGGCCAGGUGCUAUCCAGCUGUUUGUGCAAGUUAUCGAUAAUGAUUUUUUUGAAGAUGACCACGUAGAUGAUAUCUACAUUGACAGAACACUGUCUACUAGUAGCUCAUUUACCCCAUACCAUACUUAUAUUGGGGACUAUAGAAACAGUCAAAUCGAGCUAACGUUUAGAGUGCACUGUGAUCCACAUUUCUAUGGCUCUCACUGUUCUCAAUAUUGUGUGGAUACUGACAAUGAUGUUGGAGGACAUUAUACUUGCGAUAGGAAUAAUGGGAACAGAAUAUGUCUGCCUCGAUGGACUAGUCACACAUGCACAAUAGCUGUGUGCUCUGAUGGAUGCAAUCCCCUGAGGGCCUCAUGCAAGGAACCAGGAACUUGUGUAUGCAACCAUGGUUGGCGUGGAGAUGACUGCGCUGUGUGUGACCCAGCACAACACUGCUCUGAUGUUGGAGGGUUCUGUAACAUCCCUGGAGAGUGUAUCUGUAGACGCGGGUUUGCUGGAAGUUACUGUGAAGUGGAUGUUAUUCCCUGUGAGAAACAACCUUGUGCUCACGGGGCCACCUGUACUAACAAUGGUACUGGAGGCUACACCUGUCAUUGUCCUAGGGGCUAUGAGGGAGAGGCUUGUGACAAGGAUAUCGAUGAGUGCUCAGGUACUACUCCUUGUCUCAAUGAUGGAACGUGCAAUAACACGGUGGGAGGGUACUCUUGUACCUGUUCCCCUGGUUACAGUGGAGACAACUGCCAGCUGGAUAUUGACGAGUGUGUUGGGAAUACAGACUGUGGGAACAACGGUACAUGUCAGGAUGAGGUGAAUGGUUUCAGGUGUGUGUGUGAGCGUGGCUACACUGGCCAGUUCUGUAAUAGCACGAUCAACUACUGUCUCUCCAACCCGUGUCUGAACAAUGGCACAUGUACAAGUGAUUUUGACGGGUUUGAUUGCAAUUGCACUGAUGGAUUCUUUGGAGAUACAUGUCAAACAACCACCAAUGCGUGCAGAAGUAGCCCGUGUGUGAGCGGCUCAUGUCAUGACCAACUCAACAAUACCGUCUACUGUAACUGUGAUCCUGGAUACACUGGAGCGAUGUGUGACACUGCGUUUAGUGUCUGUGACCCCAAUCCUUGCAACAAUGGAAACUGUACUGAAGAUGGGUAUGAGUACUUGUGUACCUGUUCUCCUGGUUGGACUGGGAGUGGUUGUCAAACUGAAAUAAAGCCGUGUGAUAGCAGCCCUUGUGAGAAUGGUGGCUCUUGUGAGAAUGAAGCCACUAGUUUUGUGUGCUCAUGUGUGACUGGUUUCACUGGUGAUCGUUGUCAAGGGUCCAUCGAUUACUGCUCUCCUGAUCCGUGCAUACAUAGGGGAACGUGUAAGAAUGAAACAAAUAGAUUUUUUUGCGACUGCGUGGAAGGUUUCGAAGGAGAGCGCUGUGAAAUAAACAUCCAAUGUCUUGUAAAUCCCUGUGAAAAUGGAGGCACCUGUCAGAUACAGAAUUCCACUACAUCAUCGGAGCAUGUAUGUAGCUGUGCUCCAGGGUGGACGGGGGAGCGCUGUGAGGUGGACAUUGAGGAAUGCUUGUCACAACCAUGCAAAAACAACGCCACAUGUCAGGAGGGUAUCAACGAGUACACGUGUGUGUGUGCGCUCGGCUGGGGAGGGGAUGAGUGUGAGGACAGGGUGGGUGGGUGCUUUGACAAGCCAUGUCUCAACGGAGCAAACUGUACAACAGUUGUAAACACCACUGACUACACUUGUGAGUGUGUGCUGGGUUACUAUGGUAAUGAGUGUGAGCUGGAGGUGGACGAGUGCCUCCCACGGCCGUGUGGGGAGGGGGGCAACUGUACUGACCUCAUAGCUGACUAUAACUGUACCUGUUCCCAAGACUACAAGGGUCGUGACUGUCAGCUGGAUAUAAACAUGUGUCGUUUCUCUCCCUGCCUUAACGAGGGGACGUGUACUAACAGGGAGGACAGUUACACCUGCACCUGUCCCCCUGGACUCAGCGGACACAACUGCGGUGAUGUGGAUGACUGCACACCAACAUCCUGCUCUGUCAACGGAACAUGUGUGGAUGCCGUUGAUGACUACAUCUGUGUGUGCAACACUGGGUUUACUGGCCGAGAAUGUGAAGUCCCUUUGAGCAAUAAUCCUGUUACAAGUCAACAAGCUGGCUCUAUUGGUGGAACAGUGGGGGGAAGCAUCACCGGAGCACUAGUCCUGCUUGCCUUGCUGAUACUAAUCCUUGUUGUGCUAUUGUUACUGAUAAGAAAACGAAACAAAAACCCAUAUAAACUCCAGGCUGGUAACUACUGUGAACCCUCUAUGCUCAAUAUACCAGAGUCCCCUGAAGGCACGCCUCAUCCUGCCUUCCAUAAUCCAACCUACUGCGAUACUGCCACUAGUCCACAGAACGCAGAGAGAGACUUCAGCAAUCCACUGUACACUGAGAGCAGCGAAGAGGGCCACGGUAAUGGAGGUGCAGUUUAUGAAGAUGGAGCUUAUGCAACAGUGGGUGUUCCAACAGGUGACAACUACAACAGACUGCAACAUACAACCACCAAACCGUUGCCAUCACAACCCCCGCCCUCGCCCUUGGAGUACUCUUAUAUCUCUGUGAGAUCUGGGAACAACCAAACAAGGAACACAGCUAAUGGAUACUCUCUUAUUAACAAUCAGUGAUGUGUGCAAUUUUAUACCAUUCGUAUUCAUGCAGCUUCUUUCAUCGUUUUGUUAUUUUCAUGACCCUUUGCCAUACGCAGGUAAUAAACAUGUUGUUAUUAUGAUGA